AUGCUGUGGGGCGGCGGGGCGGGUGUAUUAGUUACGUCAGAUAAGGCCGGGAGCUUCCUGGGAAUCACCGGAAACGUCAGCAUCCAUCUGGACAAAAGAAAGCCAGCUGUUCAAAAUGCGGUCAUCAGAUUCCUUGGUGUUCCCUACGCAAAACCGCCAAUAGGCGACCUGCGUUUCCGGCGUCCGGAACCGUUGGAUAAACUGAAGUCAGCGUACAACGCUACAUUUCAGAGACCGUUUUGUCCGCAAUACCGUCAAGGAUUGAAAUUCGUCCAGACAAGCGAGAACUGUUUGGUCAUGAAUAUUUAUGUGCCAGGAAAUGAGAUAAAUGUUACCAAAGCCUACCCUGUCAUGAUUUGGAUUCACGGCGAUAAUGUUCGCGAAUUUUCGUUUGGCGGUGCGUACCCAUACUCGGGUGACGUCAUAUCAACGCUUGGUAACGUCAUUGUAGUCGUUGUCCAGUAUCGACUUAAUGUCUUUGGGUUCCUAAGCGACGGAACGGCGGCGUCUGGUAAUUUCGGCCUAUGGGACCAGAAAAUGGCAAUUCAAUGGAUUCACGAUAACAUACGAGUGUUCGGUGGCGAUUCGACGUCGGUGACGCUGUUCGGGCAGUCGGCGGGUGGAGUUAGCGUGCUCUUCCAAGCCCUACAUCCGGGAAACGCCGGUCUCUUCUCGCGCGUCAUUGCCGAGAGCGCAAGUCCUCUAGCAACAGAGCCAAUGACCCGAAAGGCGGGUCAUAACUUCAAAUUUUUUGCUGCGCUUUUAGGGUGCAAUACGUCAUCAACAGCAGAGUCUUGGGACUGCAUGCGCGCCAAGGAAUUAAAUGAUAUUUUGUGGUACUUAUCGUAUCUGCGUGUUGGUCCUAUCCUUGAUGGCGACUUUAUCGUGGAACUGCCCUUAUAUCAGAUAACCAGAAGCGGGAUUUCGAAUACUGGUAGAUCUGCUCUUGCGCAAUUCGCGAGCAUAGAUUUGCUAACUGGUGUAACAAGCAGCGAUGGCGCUAUGUCCGUCAUGCAGUGGGAUACUGUGCUUGAAGUUGACCUGGGAGUCGACAUUAACAAAGGAGUACCGCGUGAUUUCUUUACCGGAACCUUCCUGCCCGUAAGUCUGCAUAAGUCUUUAAGGCUACCCGUGACUCCCAGCGUCUUGCAGGCUGUCAUACACGAGUACACGGACUGGAAGUCACCAGAAGACGCCGUUGGGGUAAGAGGUAAAAUGAUUGACUUUUCGGUGGAUUACAUGUCCCUUCUUCCCGCCGUAACUAUAGCGAGAACUCACAGUAACCUGACAGAAGGGACGUCGCGGCGAACGUUUCUCUACGAAUUCGACCACAAGCCGUCGUUCGACCCACUUCCAGCUUGGCUUCGGGGAGCGAAGCAUGGCGCGGAAGUGCCGUUCGUGUUCGGCUUCGUUGACGAAAUGAAUGAGUUACCUGGUAUCCCGCCCAGUUAUCUGGAAACCUUCAAAAUACCGGACGAAGAAAACUACCUUGCACUGGUUAUGCUGACAAUGUGGACCAACUUUGCUAAAACUGGGUAA